UCGUCCUCUCUUAUUUUCUCAGUUCCUCUGCUCGUUUUUCACUUUUGAGUUUUGAGGUAGCAAAACGACGUGCCGUUGGUUCCAAGUGAGGAUGGCGAGCAGAGAGACGGUGAGAAAGGCAGAGGCUCUCGUAGAGAAAGCCAUGAAAGGAAACGACGCUUCACACGAUGCGUCGCACGUUUGGAGGGUUCGUGAUCUCGCUCUCUCCCUCGCCUCCGAGGAAGGCCUUUCUUCCAACCCUCAUUCUCUCCAAAUAGUGGAGUUAGCGGCGUUGCUCCAUGAUAUAGCUGAUUACAAGUACUUGAGGGAUCCGUCUGAGGAAAAAAUUGUUGAGAAUUUCCUCGAAGAAGAGGGAAUCCAGGAGACUAUCAAGUCUAAGAUUUUGAAGAUCAUCAAAGGAAUGGGUUUCAAGGACGAGGUUACAGGAAAUGGCAGUACCGAAUGGUUUCCGGAAUUCGGAGUUGUGCAAGAUGCAGAUCGACUUGAUGCUAUUGGUGCUAUAGGAAUUGCGCGAUGCUUCACCUUUGGUGGAAGCAGGAACAGGGUUCUGCAUGACCCUGCAAUUUUACCGCGGACUGAUUUAUCCAAGGAACAAUACAUGAAGAAAGAGGAGCAAACUACUAUUAACCAUUUUCAUGAGAAACUUCUGAAGCUCAAGGAUAUGAUGAAAACCAAGGCUGGAAAGAGGAGAGCAGAGAGAAGGCAUAAGUUCAUGGAGGAGUUUGUGAAAGAGUUUUAUGAUGAAUGGAAUGGUGUAAGCUAAUUGCAUGUUCCAAGCAUGAUUAUCUCCUUGGUUUGGAUGCUAUGCAUAAUGCAAAUACAAUACACAUGAAGAGCAGAUAUUGUUGGAUCAUCCUUUCUUGAAUUAUGUAAGCUGAUGGAUAAUAUGCAAUGACACUUUAUGCUGUGAGAAGCCCUACUUGAACAAUUUAAUGAUACACCUUUCUUAAACAAUUCCAAGUUACAAUGCCGUUUUGUUCUUUCAAGUAUGUAAUCAUUCUCCCUCUUAAAGUACAUUCGGAAUUGAAUGUGGUGUAAUAAAGUACUGUCUUUAUUCUCGA